AAUCCAUUUAAAUACCGCGUGACUGAAUCAUUGUUGAAAGAGUUGAAAGUGUCGAUAAAAUUUACAAUAUAAAUACAGUUUGAAAUUUGAGUUACGAAUCAUUGCAUUGGCAAUUUAUCUUAAACAUUUUUGUUUCGCCCUAUCAUGUCAAAAAGACCGUAAAUGGAAAGGACAUAAAAAUAAAACAGAAUCAACGGCAAUAAAAAAAAGAGUUUCUAGUUCAUAAAGCAACUUAAACGCAGCAUUAAACACAAAUUUACGGGAAAAUAAUAAAAUCUAAAAUAAAAAAAAAUAAAACAAUGACACGACGACUUUCAUGUUCAAUCUUAACGCGCGUUAGUCAGGUGGCAUCGCCACGUAAAUCGGCAAAAAUGCGAAUGGAACGGGUUCAAAAGAUUAAUAAAGUCAGCAGAUCGCUUUUUGGCCCCAUUAUUAAAAGUGAAUUCAAAAGUUAUGCUCAGAUGGAAAUGGCAAAAUAUCAAUUACAAGCAUCGAACAAAUGGAACUUUGACUUCGUCAACGAAUCACCGAUGUCAAAUGGAAAUAGUCAAUAUAAAUGGGAGUCAGCAAGAGUCCCAGAAGUGCCAAGAUUCUAUCACCAUCGUCAGCAUAUUGUGAAUGGAAGCAAUUUGCAGGCGAACAUCAAUGAACACGAUACAUUGUUCAAUGAAUGUGAAAAUAUUUGUCCACUGUCACGAAACAUCGGUGGUGCAUCGAUUAAGUCAUGGCAGAAAAUGCAUGUUGUAGCAACAUCAUCAUCCUCGUCAUCGAAUAGUAAUCGUAGCAAUAAUAGUGUAUGCUUAAGUCAAACGAAAAUUACAGACUAUUUAAAAGUUCGAAAACGCCGUUUGUCAACAACGUCAGCUGUGAGUUUUAAGAAGGCACGAGCCGAUCUUUAAAGAACCCAACAACAACUGUGUGUUGAACGACAAGCAAGAAGGAAGGAAGGAAAGUAGAACAAAAGACAAUGAAAAAGCAUAAAACUGAACAAUUCUAAGUCGAUUAGGAACA